UUCGCUAGCCAGGAGCAAGUAGGUCGGGAGUCUGUGCGCACUUCUCUAAUGGUCGCUGAGUUAUAGAUCAUAUUUCAAUCGCUUAAGUCAUGAUGUUCAGCAGCAACGGCCAAGACUUGUAUACAUCGUCUUCACGCGCAUUAGUUUUCCUGCUCGUGUUGCCGAGGCUUAUUGCAGCAGAUGACGUGCUUACACAUCCUACUAGGGUACCUGGUUCUUCACAUCUCGUUACCAAGUCAGAAUUUCCUUACCUGUACUGGCGAGCGUCGCCGAGGCCCUACACACCCUCUCAUUCCUCUGCUGUCACUCAGGGUCAUACCAGUUACCCAUAUUUCUACGGAGAGUCAGCAGAUGAAAAUAUGAGUGACACUACAACUUGGCAAGCAAUGCCCAUCCAACUGCCUGAUGACCUCGUUGGCGCCUUUGACGAAAGAACGACACACAGUACGACUACACAUACUCCUCCUUACCCAACGCAAAUUUCACCUCAGUAUGGCCGACACCCAGGCAUGACGGAAAGGCCCCACCUUUUCCAUCCUGAAAGACUUUAUCCUUCUUCUUACAGCAAAGUCAACCGUGUAAUUAAGCACACACAGUCACUUGAUUCUAAGCAUAACUAUCCAAGUUUGGAAAAUACAACAGUAACACAACAGCCUGAGUUUAACUUACAUAAUCCUUCUCAGGAGUCUUCGAAAUUACCGUUAUGGCAUAGUAGUUUUAUGGAGCAAUUGAAAUUGCCAAAGCUUCCAAAAUUUCCUAAUUUGGAUAAUCUCCCAAAUUUUGCUGCCUGGCCAUUGAACCUCCUACGAGGAAAUCGAUUAAGAAAUGGAAACCAUAAGAUUGAACCUACAAAAACGACGGCUUUGACAAAUACUAAUAAAACUCCCCCUGGCCUAUAUCCGGCAACAGUAGUCUUAAUCGACCAUCCUUAUCAUAAACAAUGGCAAAAUGCGACUUACCACUCGAGUAAGCUUGCAGUCACAAGUAAAAAUGAGUCUUUUCAAACAAACUACGAUUACGUAGAUUACGAGUAUUAUUACGACUACAAAGGUCAUGAACAUUCUCACGUUGAGCAAUCUGACGACUGGUAUCAACGACCUACUUACCAAGAGUAUUAUGAUGACGUACACCAAACAUAUGAUAAAAGUGUUCUCUCUGAUCAUCGGUAUAAUCGGCCUGUUAAUAAAUCGCAUACAGAAAAUCAUGGCAUUGAUGAUACUCACUAUAGCGCCAGUUAUCAUCUUCCAGGCAGUAACAAUACUGGUUCUAAUGAUCAGUAUUAUCAACCGCGCAAUAAGUCGUAUACUAGUAACGAGUAUCAUGAGCAAGUGUUGCACAAUCGUCACUACGACCCAGAUCAUCAUUAUUUCACAAAUAACCAAAGACGACCAAUGGGUAGCGUUGAUAACCACUGGGGUAAUGGUUUUAUAAACUCCAAUAAUCAAUGGUCACACGUCAAAGGGAAUCAAUCUGACAUUGUACUCUUACAUCCAAAGUUAACACAGGAAAGUUCUGUGUAUAAUGGAAGUCACCACCCUCUAUCUCCAUCCCAUGGACGGAAAGACAAACCGCGCAGAAGGAGACCCGGAGGUCAACAAGAAACUUAUUUUGGAAGACCUCAUUGGCGGCCCCGUCCCCGGCCCCGACCGGGCAAAGUCGAUCGCAUCAUGACAAGUGGCACUGUGACUCCCUCGGUAUUUGUGCCUGGUGGCAUGCUGAUUGUUGCAUUAGCCCUGGCACUCUUCUACUUUAAUUUUGUUUGGUACCCGACCCCAGUGGUAACAGCAAGGCUCAUCCAGAAGAUCUCCGAUUCCGCACCCGAUAACUUUUUUAAUGACUCUCAGCGCAAAGCAGUCGAACAGAUUUACGAAAUCUUUCGAAGUCUGGAGCUGGAAUACACUGAAGAGCCAGAGUCAUGGACAGACGUUUGUAAAAGUAGAUUCGUCUGUGAAGUUCAUCGUGAGUUACCUGAUCUAUGGCAAGUUACUCAAACUUGUGCUGCUCUCAUCAGGUCGUCUCUAGUCAAGGGUCCACAAGAAAGCUCCAAUUUCACAAUGUACAUAGAGGCUGCACAACAAGGUUCCCAAGGUUUUGAUUGCGGAGAUUCCUACAAAGGCUGUUACAUGAGGCAGAUUCCCAUCAGAUUAUCAUUGCAAGAGGCCUUAAGUAUUUACUUAGGGAAUACAACUGAGGUUAUAUACAGUUAGAAUAUAUGAAUUUGAUAUUAAAGAAGGGUAAAAAAGGAAGUGAUACCUUUUGCAUUUUUAACGAAUUGUGGAUAUGUUAUAUAUGAAUAUGUAAGAUGGAAAAGAACAGUCUAAGAACAUUGUUUAUUUCUCAAAUUGCUUUAUCUUUCCAUCUGAGUGUGUAUAUAUAUAUAUAAUUAUAUCUAUAUGUGUGUAUAU